GACCCAUUAAGGCCACGCUCGCGUUUGCAAGUCCUUAGAUUUCUCUGAUCUUCUUGUCCUGCGUUCAAAAUAAUUGUACCAAAAAAGACAAAAUAAACUUAAUUUUUAUAAUAUAAGUAGACUAUGUUAAGAUUAUAAUGAUUGAUUUUCUAGAAAACGUCAAGGUUAGAAGUGCUUGAAUGAAACGGGAGCAAAAAAUGUUUUUAUCUUGCUACUGAGAUGAGAGUUGUUCCAUGAGGAUAGCAAGCAGCGGUGCAUUUUUCUAGUCAUCUAUAAGUCGUAUAACUGAUGUACAAUGUAUCCGAGAAGAAUUAUUAAUCAACGUUGAAACCAAAGGAAUGAGUGUGUGUCAACAUAUAACAGAGCACUUUAUUACAUUUUUAAAAAUAGAAAGAUGGAGGGGAAAAAGAAGCCUAGAAACACACAUGACUUUUUAGGAUGUGGAUCAUUUGAUGUUGAAUCUGGUCACUCAUACUCUCUGGAUGGGUCAGAAUUUGGACACUCCAUUCCAACUAGUCUUUCCUCUUCUGAUUCCCCGCCAAAGAACCCAUUUCGUUUCCCACCUCCUCCUUUCUUUGCACAGUCAUCACGAAUCUCAGCAAAUCACAUUUCAUUCGAGAAUGGGGAAUCAGACAAUUCCUUGACAACGGGUAGUGCUUCUGACAUUGAGGAUAACUCAGACAGCCAAUCUGAUGCAGCAGGAUUAGCAAGUUCUAGCAUUAUGCUUGCCAAUGACCAUGGAUCUCACUGCCAACUGUAUGCGCAGAAAGAGUCGGGUAGUCAAUCUGAUACUGGUUUUGGUGGUGUUUCUGGAAGUAGUAGCAUUAAAUUGAGGUCAUCACCAGUUCCAAUCCAUCGACCAUUUCAUUCAGUAAGAGGGUAUGAAAGUGACAGCAGUCCAGUAGGUCUACGCUCACAAGCAAAUUUUUUACCACCUAUUGGUGUUUUUUGGGAUAUUGAAAACUGUCAGGUUCCCAAAGGUCGGUCAGCAGUAGCAGUUGCUCAAUUGAUUCGAGAAAAGUUCUUUGAAGGAAGAAGAGAAGCAGAGUUUUUAGUUGUUUGUGAUGUGAAAAAAGAAAACGCACAAAUUGUAUCUGAACUAAAUGAUGCUCAGGUCAAUCUUAUACAUGUGUCGGCAACAUGUAAAAAUGCAGCGGAUGAAAAGUUAAGGCAAUCAAUUCGAAGGUUUGCAGAAAUUUAUGGGAGUCCAGCCGCGAUAAUUCUUAUAUCAGGAGAUGUAAACUUUGCAGCUGACCUGACAGACUUAAGACACAGAAAAAAGAUUCACGUCAUUCUAAUACACAAUAAUAAUACAUCUGAAACAUUGAUUUUAUGUGCAAAUGAACACUACAAUUUUAGUGGUCUUGUUGAGAAUUUACCUCUUCGAGGGGCAUUCAAGUCUGGCAAUCAACCAGUGGAGGUCAUUAUAUUUAACAUUCCUCCAGACAAAGAUAUGGGUAAAGUCAAGAAUCGUCUCAGGAAGUUAUCAGACAAUUGUGGUGGCCGAGUUGGACAGAUAAUUUAUGAUCGGGCCAUCAUCCGAUUUCCGAGUAUUGAAUUUGCUACCAGGGCUCAGAGGCGCAUGGAUGGUCAAGACGUUUUAGGCAACAAAAUAUUGGUUAGUCGACCUCAGAAAGUAUCUCUGAAAGAGCAAGAGUCUCCCCUUAAAUCCAACCCAGACCGGAACCGAGUCAGGAGACUACCUCAACGAUUUGGAGAAGAUCUCAAAAUUUCCAAUUUACCUCUUCCUCAGGACUUGAACCAUUAUUCUCAAAUUGGCUCAACACCAAGCACUUCCCAAGGAAUGUAUCUUUCUAAAGGCUUUGGCAAUGGAUCCAAAAUUGAUGGUGUUACUAGUUCUCUGGCUUCUUCUGCCUCAUUGGCAUCUUCCAUUGGGUCGACAUCCCUUGCAGGCAAUCUGUCAAAUUCAGCUCUACCAUUUAACAUCAGUCAAACAGGGAUUGGUACAGCUAACUUCUACAAGAAUACGCCACCUCCCAGAAUUGUUCUUGGGAAUGUUCCAUCGACAGUCUCUAAGCCCAGUCAUUCACUGAACCAAUCUGUAAUGAACGGUUGGAACCAUGGCAUCAAUGCUGGUGGUUCAUUGUCCUCUGGAUCACCACAACCUCAAAUGGGUGAGACUUUUCCUACUAUGUAUGCCAAGGCUGCAUGUACUUUGCAACAGCAGCAGCAACAGCAAAGGCAAUACCAGCUAUCACAGCAGGUGUGGCAGUCUUCAUCUAAUGGGAAGUUGAAUCCAUCUUCACUCCAGGUGGCUUCCCAGUCACUCUCUUUGCUCACUGCAAACUUGUCAAACUCUGGCACAGGGGACUUUACACCAGAUUUGUGGAAGCACGUCAGUGAGCCACCUCAAGUUCAGGCUGAUAGUCUCGCUUGGGAAGAAGUGUCAUCUGGACUUCAACCCCAUAUUUCUCCAUUGAGGGGUUGCACAGCGCCUCAAACGCGCACACCCUCUCCAUCUGCUCAAUCAUCAGUGUCUGCCCAGAUCCACAGUACCAUUCAUUCACGGACUGGUGGUGGAGAUGGCGUGCAAUGGAGCACCCAAUUGGGUAGCAAUGGAAGUGGAACGCUACCCAAGAGUCGCACUCCAUCUCCGUAUAGUUUGAAUGUUGAUCAAUUGUACCAGACUCAAGUGAAUCGUCGUUCUUGGGGGAGUACCACGAAGACGAGCCCUGUUAUGGACAUCAAAGAACCAGAUAGAUACUUCAAUCCAAUUCAAUCUCAAGCCAGGCAUUCUAGUCAAGGAGGUAAUGGACCUGUUGAACUUCAGGUCACUAAUCUAGACCAAAAUAUGGAUCCCAAGGAAAUGAAGAGAGUGCUUCAAGCUGUGUUCAGGGAGCAUGUGUCUGUGCUUCACAUUUCAGUAUUUGUUCAAUCAGAUGGAAAUCUUGCAGCAACUGUUAGAGUGCAGUCUCUGCAAGAUGCUCAGUAUGCUAUCUCUCAAUUGCAUCGUAAGAAGGUGGGCUUCAAACGCAUACAGAUAUCAUACUCGCAGAAUGGACCAACUAUCAAUCCUGCUCUAGUACGCUCUCAGAUCGUCUCAUUGUUGCAAGAAGUCCCAGGUCAUCGUCUACCACUCUUCAAGUUCAGAGAAAUGUUUGAGAAUCGCUACCUAACCACAAUAAGUGUGUCGGAUAUGUACAAGCUCAGAGACGUUUGUCUUGUUAGUGAAGAACCGAAUGGAAGAAUGGUGUCCUUGAAUCCUCAGCACAGAAAUACUCCUUCACCCUUGAUGGCUGGUGCUGUACAACAGGAUGGCCAGGCAGCGAUGGAAUUACCGUACUGUACUCAGCACUAUCAGAAACCCAAUACUCAAGACAAAGGUUGGGCUGAACAGGAACUUGCUACUCUUCCAAAUGUUAAUGUGGGUCUCAAACUAUUUACACAAAGAGUGCACAGUCUUUUACAGUCACAUGGUGGUAGUCUACCCCUGCCAAGCUUUGCUCACUGCUAUAGUGCUCAAUUUGGACCUUUAGAAGUGGAUGAUGGUGGUGUUGCUUUGGAACAUUUGGUCUCAUGUGUGUCUGGUAUAGAACUUUACCAGGGAGUUGGAUGUGUCAAAUACCUUCGAUGGGCUUGUGGAGCUGACAAUGAAACAGCUAAUGACACUGAUGGCAGUUCUGUUACUUCAAAUGUUAGCCCUCCAUUAGCUGGCCCUCUGGCUUUAUUCUCCCGUGAACUUGUAGACUUGUUGAAAACUGCUCCAAACUGCCAAAUUUCUUUCAAUCGUUUUAUCCCUGCGUAUCACCACCACUUUGGCCGUCAAUGCAGAGUUGCUGAUUAUGGUUACACUAAGCUUAUGCCACUGUUAGAGGCUCUGCCUAAUAUAGUCCAGGUGCUUGGUGAAGGUAACAAAAGAAUGGUGACAUUGUCCCAUCGUGCUCAGGUGCGGCGGUUCACCUCAGAUUUGUUAAGGGUGCUAAAAGCGCAGUAUAGCAAACAAGUCACCCUUUCAGAAUUUCCAGCAGCAUAUCAGAGAGUCUUGAACAGGCCAUUUGAAGUUGUUAACUAUGGAGUCUGUAGGGCGGAGGACUUGCUCUCUGAGGUCGCAGAAACUACAGUUUUAGUGUCUUCUAUUCAGAACUCAAAAGAUGUUCUCAUUGCAAUUCCCAAACGAGAACAAACCCAAGAGGAAAUGGAGAAAACUAAACAGUUUGCAACUGAGGUUCUCCAACUGCUUCAGUAUGCUCCUCAAUGUAGUAUGGAUUUCAGUAAAUUCAUUCCAUACUACCACCACCAUUUUGGAAAGCAGUGCAGAGUGUCUGAUUAUGGAUUUUCUAAGCUCAUUGAACUUUUUGAGGCUAUUCCAGAUGUAGUUAAGGUUUCAGAAGGAGAUGAGGGUGAUCGUAGAGUUCAGCUAACUUUAAAUCAGCGUCUACAAGUUCUUGGUGACAUAGUGGCAUCAAUUGUCCAGGAAUAUGGACAUUCUUUUAUGCCACUAUCUGCUGUAUCAGAAUAUUUCCUUCUGAAUUCAGGCUAUGCUCUUCGUCCUGAGGAUUAUGGCUUCAAUUCAUUGGAGGAUUUAUUCUCUGCUAUACAUUUCUCGGUUAAGCUUCAUUUUACUACAACUGGAACUUUCGUGGGUCUUGUGGAUCAGAGUCAUCUACAUUCCAUUAGUUUAAAUGUGCGGCGUAUUUUGUGGACCCAUGAAGAUGGCCGUAUGAAAGUUUCAGAGUUUAAAGAUUGCUAUCAAACAAUCAUUGGUAGUAAGUGCAAUUUUGAUGAUCUGUUGAGAGACUUCAAAGACAUACUGGAGGUUAAGGUGGUUCAAGAUGUCAAUGGUUCUGUGGAAUAUGUUUGCUUGAAGCCUCUCCAGAUGUUUGCUCGUAAUGUGUAUCAACUACUGCAAGAUUCAGAAGGUCGUUUACCACUUUCCUCAUUUGAAACAAGUUAUAUUCAACGUUUUGGCAAAGCUGUGCAGCCUGCUCAGUAUGGCUUUUCUUCUGUGUCUGCUUUGCUUCAGGCAUUGCAUGAUAUUAUUACUGUAAAGGGAAAGGGUCAGCGUCGUUUUCUAGUUUUGGAGCACAGCCAAAAUGACAAUACUUCAAACCUGAAUGAGACCAAAGGAUGGACUGAUCUUGUACCUGAGAGCUGUGAUUAUUCUUCUCCAAAGAAAACACUGAAUUUAGCAGAUCACUGCUCAGUUGGUGAAUCGCCUGACACUGUCCUAAAGAAAUUGAUUAGGAACUUGUCAAAUCAACCAUCCCCAGCCAAGCAGCGCCUAUUUGGUGCUUCAGGGGGGGCUCAAGGUUAUCGCCCACUUGGGUUUGCUACCAGCCAGCAACCACUGCACAAUAACAGUAAUCAUCACUUUGCAUGGGGUCCUCCUCAAACAUCAAAUGGUGGAUAUUCUUCCUUCACGCUCCCGAUUUCUAUUCCAUGCUCUUUGGACUCUACACCAUCACUUUUGCCUAAUGGUUUUGAUGAAAUUGAGAGCACCAGUCCACCAAGUCCUCAUGCCUCUCUACCCGUUGUUCAGCCACCACAUCCUUCUGAACUACCUAUGCCUCGUUUGGCUCUUGCUUCACCUACCGUCCCCCAUCAUGGAGAUAAUGUCAAUGAGAAGUCAAAUUUUUUACACAUAAAAGAUCAAGAGGAAAAACUUUCAAUUACUGAUGGAAGUAUAAAUUCCUCUAUUAUAGAUGAGGCUACUGAAGGCACUCAAGAUGGAGCACCUGGUUCCAAUCAAGAUGCAAGUCAGAAUGCUGGUCGUUCAAAACGAAAGCAACGCCUUGCGAUUCAGUUCAGUUCUCCUCUUGUCCCUAUUCAAUGAAGAAACUUUGUUUUGUAGGGCCGAGUGCUGCUGUGAUAUAUUUAUCGUGAUAAUUCAAGAUUGUUAAUCAAGGUUAUGUGUAGACAUUUCUUGUUGGCCUGGCUUUGUGUUUUAAGAGCCAUUGCAAACAUCCUCCUGUUUUGUCAUUAUGAUUGUUAUAUUAGGUUUUAAGCCUGUAAGGAAGGAGAAGACAUGGUGGCAUUUCAGUGCUUUGACAUUGUGGUAGUAUUAUAUUCAAGUCACUCUAAAUUCAAUUGUUUAUAUGGUUAUCAGGUAGCACUGCGGAGAACAUGAUUUUUCUUUCUUAUUUCUUACACAUGUUUGCUUCAAAUGUGUACUAAGACAGGUUUUGAAAUCACGUGGGUUCGAUUCGAUCAUUUUUUGCCCAUUAGUCAUUAGUCACCUUGGGUACUUCCCCUCGUAUAAACAGGGGCUUUUUGUUGGAGCUGUGUGCUUUGCUUUGAUUCCAUAGCCAACUUUUUUUUUCUAAUUCAGUCACUUUCAGUGCAUGUCAAUGAUAAGUUUGUAGUAUCAUGAUAAUUGUCUUAUACAGUAGCAGUGGCACAAUCUGAAGUUCCCAUUUCUGCUUUGUAAUUUUACUUUUUCUUAUUACUAUAUGUGACCUUCAAUAGUAUUCUGGUAUCUUAGGAAUGACAACUAAAUUUUUGCAUCAAUCUUUCUUAUAAUGCCAUCAAGUUACAUUCUCAUUCCAAGAUUUUUCAAUGAUGGAGAUGAAAUAUUUUGUAUCUUUAAAACCCUUAUUGGGGUAAAGAAAAAUUUGCAAAGCAUUGUGUGAUAAAGACUUAUGAUUUCAGCUCUUGAAGAUUUGGGGGGAUAACUUAAGGUCUACUCAUUUUCAGUAGUUUUUCUUAUCAAUAUUUCUUUUGUGUGAAGAUCAUUAGAUCAUGCAAAGAGUGUAAUUUUUCUUGUUGAAAACAAAGUUAUGGUGAAAGUGAAAUUGUUGAUGUAGUAGUUAGUGGUUGGAGGUGAAUAGCUUUAAUUGUCAACAAAUGAAUUCUGAGCUCUUGUUCCUAAGAGCUAGUAUCCUUUUUAUUUUUCCUGCCUCUAAAUGGAGACAAACGAAUGCAGAGCAUGCCUUAAACGUUUUUACUAUUUAUGUAUUUUUUUAUAAUGAAGAAAAUGCUGUCAUGUUAUAAUGUCAUAACAAUUUUGAAAGUCAGUUGAUAUUUUUGUUUUAAAUCUUGGAGUAGUGAGCAAGUUCAUAACUUGCUGGAGUGCUUUUAGGAGUUUUCUGUAUAAUUUACAGUGUACAGAUGGAUGUGACAUGUAAUAUGUACCUUUUAUUUCUUGUGGUACAGACUAUUUUGCUGUGAUUACAUUUCUUUAAAAUUUAUGUCAAGGUGAUCUGAUAGUGGAAACAUUUUGCAAGGUUUGCAUAUUUGUGCUUGAGGUCAGUGUGUAGUCUGAGUCUGUCUUUGAAACUUCAUUCUAGAAAUCAAUGUUGUUCUUGUUAUUGGAACAUGUUCUUGUUUCCCUUGUCAAUGUGAAACUUUUGAUCACCAUACCUGAUCGAUCAUGACUUAUUCCAUUUGUACUUUAAAAAUGUGACUUUGCUAGUUCAAAGCAACUCCUCAGCUUGCAGUGUGUGGCUGAAUUUGUCUGGACUAGACUUGUACUUAACAUCAUAAUUUCAUAUGGCAGGUUAAAGAAUAUUCCCUAUCACUCCCUUUAUAAAGUUACUUAGAUCUAUCUAACUUAAUAGCUUAACAAAAUUUGAACUAUUUUAAUAGUUUCCAUUCCCUGCUCAAAUAUCAGGUGUGGAAAGGUUUGCGUUGCUUUGAUAUAGGGAGCAAGAAGGCAGAUACAAGUUUUGUUAAAGUACCUGACAAAUAAUUAUAGUUUCUUCCAUUAUUUUCAUGUACCAUUACCAUUGUUUUUAAUCUAUUUUGUGGUGUACAUUUGAUUUAAUGUGGGCUUGCAAACUUUUAUUAAAUGUUUCUUUAUAAAGA